AUGUUUUGUUGUCGACGUAUCACCAGUGUCGCCGGCGUGUGCUUGUGUUGCGGCUCCAUGGGCUGUGCUGGGCCAAACAAUGACGCCGGGGCGUUUUUGUGUCGCAGCUCCAAGGGCUGUGCUGGGCCAGACAAUAUCGCCGGCGUGUGCUUGUGUUGCAGCUCCAAGAGCUGUGCUGGGCCAGGCAGUGACGGCUGCGUGUGCUUCUACAUGGGCGUGCUGGGCCCCGACGCGUACAUCGACGCGGGCGCGGGCGCGUGCAGGGGCGUGCCGGGGCUGACGCGCCGCCAGCAGCGCGUGUGCCGCGACCGCCCCGACCACAUGGCCGUGGUGGCCCGCGCCGCGCGCUCCGCCAUCCUCGAGUGCCAGCGCCAGUUCCGCAACUCGCGCUGGAACUGCUCCACCGUGCGCGACCGCUCCGUCUUCGGGCCCGUCAUGCAGUUCGAUGGAGCAUAUCGUGAUAUGAGAAGUCGUUUACACUAG